AACUUUAACAUGAGUGGAAAUUAUGAUAAUAAUAAAAUACAUACAAGUUUUAGUAAACUUGGAAUUCAUGAGUUGAAAGGUUAGUCCACUCCACCUCCAAACAUAUCGAAGACAAUCUGCCACGCUCAUUUCAUCUCUCAUUAUGAGCAGCAGUGCCCCGAUACCAUUACCCGCCACCGCCACCAAUAACCACUUCGCCGCCGUGGAUAUCGGCACAAACUCCUUCAAACUCACAAUCGUACGUACUGAUCCCUCUUCCGGCCGAUUCCUCACCCUCCACCGCCUCAAAGAACCUGUUGUACUCGGCCUGGAAACCACUUCCACCUCCUCCGCAGCUACUAUCUCCGCCGUGACUCUCGACCGCGCAGUCUCCGCCAUUCGGAGAUUUCAGCAUCUCCUCUUCUCCUACGGCCUUCCUCCUUCCCGCCUCCGCCUUGUGGCCACCUCUGCUGUCCGUGAAGCUUCCAACAGAUCUGAAUUUAUUCGUGUUGUCAAUGAAGCCCUCGGCCUCCACGUAGAAAUUCUCUCCGGCGCCGAAGAGGCGCGCCUCAUUUACCUCGGAGUCCUACAGUUCUUCCCGGUUUUCACCUCUACGGUUCUGACAAUUGAUAUCGGCGGUGGCUCUACCGAGUUCACAGUGGGGUUUAAGGGGAAUGUUCUGUUUUCUAAAUCGUUGAGAUUAGGGCAUGUUACUCUAACUCAGGAAUUUGGCGACAUCAUGAAAAUGCGCGAGCAUAUUCGGAAUGAACUAGAAAACUCUGGCUUGAUCGAGAAGAUUAAGGAGUUCAAAAUAGAUAUUGUGGUAGGUUCCUCUGGUACGAUUAAGGCGAUUGAAAAAGCAGUGUGCAAAGGUUAUGUGCUUGAGGUGCAGGAAAAUGUUGGGGUGUUUGAGGAAUUUGUUAAAAGGGAAUGGAGGUUUACUAGGCAUGAGUUGAGGUGUUUGGUGGAGAGGUUGUAUGACGAAGAGGGGGAAAUAGAGGGGAAGAUGAGGAGAAUGGGGUUUUUCAAGAGACGAGCUGUGUUCAUUUUGGCAGGAACUGUUUUAUUGGAUGAGAUAUUUCAUAGGCUUGGGAUUGAGGAAAUAGAAGUCUCAGGGUAUGCAUUAGGGGAGGGAGUGAUCACAGAGAUGUUGGGGCAGGUUUUCAAGGGGUUUGAUUUGAAUGCAAAUGCGCGAUGGAGGUCGGUUGUUAGGUUAGCGUCAAGGUUUAACAAUAAGAAGAGGAUGAAGGCUGCUAACAUGUGUGCGAGCGUCGCGAGGGAGAUUGUUGAAGGUUUGAGAAAAUUGCAUGAGCUUCACAAUGAUGGUAAUGAUGACAAUGAGCUUUCAGUGUCCUUGGAUGAUAGGGAUCUUGAGUACCUUGAUGCUGCGACUUUGCUUCACAAUAUUGGCCUGUAUUCCGGCAAGAAGGGUUAUCAUAAGCAGUCUUAUCGCAUUAUAUUGAAUGGCGAUCACCUCCAAGGUUAUUCUAAGGAAGAGAUUAAGCUAAUAGCAUUGCUUGUGAGAUAUCAUAGGAAGAAAUUUCCAAAAAGUGAUGCACUUGAGGGAUCUGCUAAAGAGUGUUGGGUUAAGCAGAAAUUCGGAAUCCUCUGUACGAUUUUGCGGGUAUCUUAUGCAGUGCAGCAGUGUCUUCUGUCGAAUUUUGAAUUCAUGGAAUUUAUACAUUCUCCAGAUGGUUUCAAAUUGGUACUGAGUGAGGGUGAGGCAAGAAAUCAAUCUGCUGGCAUUGCCCAGCCAUUAUCUGGGGAUAUCAAUAUGACAAUGGAGAGAGAAUUGGAACAUUUUAGGAGGGUUUUCAAGCAAAACUUGUCUAUUCUAGUUACUCGAAGCAUUUCUUGAUGGCUAGAGUGCAAACUGAAGCUGUAAAUCUUCUUCGACAUUGUUCAUCUUUUAGAGGAAUGGUGUGAAGUGCAUUUCUCAUCAGCACCUCCAUGCAUUGCUGCUCUUAUCAGAAAGUCAUUCUUCUGGACUAAUAACUGUUAUCCUGUAUACUGUAAAAAUAAUCAUUAUAUACACGUCCAAGUUUAAUAUAGUCGAAAGAAAUAUUUUGGUGAUGCUAUAA